AUGCUGCACAUCCCAAAAGAGGAAAAGAAACAAUUUCUACAGAAAAAUCUCACCCCAGAAGAGAAAAAAAUUCGGGACAAAAAGGUGGAGGAGCUUGAGGAGCUAAUUAAUGCGCCACCAAUAAACCCACUUGCCAUUCAGGCAAAUAAGGCUGUUCAAAAAAGUGGCCAUGCUGCAAAAAGUAUGCCCACAAUGAUCGACAAAUUUGAAAUCCCAUGCUUGCUGAUCUUUUACUUGAUCGUCACUUGGCUAUUGGGACAUUAUAACUUCCAUUUCCUGUGGCUUGUAGGUACACUUUCAUCGAUGGUUGUACUGUAUAAAAGGCGUGUCAACCGAUUUGCUGAACUUGAACUGUUUGCGUUACGCAGAGAAGCAGCCAAAAAUUCGAUUUCCUCACAUGAGGAGUCUGCGGAAUGGAUCAAUUACAUUGUAGGCCGAAUUUGGGGAGUAUACGAGCCCGUUCUUUCUGCAACCUUGAUCGAUACUGUCAAUGAGGCUCUUGAAGAUGCCUGUCCUUCCUUUUUGAGUGCACUUAAACUCACCACCUUUACUCUGGGAAGUGAGCCUCCUGUAAUCCUUGGGUUUCGGCGGUACCCGGAUACGCCCGACGAUGUCAUUCAUUUCGAAAUACGACUGGCAUUUGUACCUCGCCGCUCCACAGAGGACGUGAUGUAUCCUUUGAGACGGGGCGUUGCCCAUCGGAAAUGGUCGUCUCAAAUCGUCCUUGCAGCCCGUUUCGGCUCUUCCUUAGUUGGUGUUGAUGUUCCAAUUCUAGUGGAAAACAUUAGUGUCGAGGUGCAUGCAAGGAUUCAACUCAAGCUGAUGCCUGCUCCUCCGGUCGUUAAAAUUGCCCAAAUUUCUUUGAUGAGCCCUCCAAAGGUAGAUUUCGUGCUUAAGCCUUUGAAAAGCCUUGAUAUCAUGGACCUUCCGGGGCUUCAUUCGUUUAUCAACUCAAUGAUCGACUCUGUUUCUUCCGAGCUAGCGGUGACUCCAAAUUGCAUUACCCUCAAUGUUGAUGAAAUCGUUAAUGGUGCCAUAAUUUCAAGCCAAAAGCCGGUUGGGGUUCUUUGUAUCGGAAUUAUUGGUGCUAAAAUCCCCAAGACAAAUGAAUACAUGGGCACAGUCGAUCCUUUUGUCAGAAUCAUUGUCAAUGGCAUUGAAACUGCCCAUACCAAAGAGCUUGUUGACCAGCAAGAUCCGCUUUGGGGUGAAACAUUUUGGAUUCUGCUUCCCAAUGAUAAGUCUCAAGUUAGCUUUCGAGUGAUCCACGCUUCCUCUUUAGUUUCCAAAGAGGUUCCCCUUGGCGAGCUCAAACUUGAUAUCCAAGCCAUUUUGAACGAUUUUAAAGAGAAAAAAGAAAAGGGAAAAAAUGUGGAAAGCUUUUAUUUUACCGGAUGGGCACCCUAUUUUUCCCUUGCUCCUGAUAAACCGUCAUUGGUAAAGGGAGAGCUCAAGUAUUCGGUAGCUUUCUUUCCUACUGUUAGCUGGAUCUCUCCAGAGGAAAAAGAUCUUGUUGAGCACACCGAGGGCGCAGGAAUCAUUGAUAUUGCAUUUCAUCAGGCCAUCGAGUUGACACCAAAAAAAUCUACCCACGCAAAGGCAAUGAAUUUGUAUGCCGAGGGCGCAAUUGUUCCAUCGCAUUUGUUUGAAACUUCUGAGGAUCACAGUAGCAAGCUGAAGUUGGAUUCAUUUGCCAAUAUUCCGUCUUCAGCCUAUUUUCGUACUCGCACAAAAAAGAAGACCAACUCGCCAAUCUGGUCUCAGAAAAUUAAAACCUUCGUUAAAGACGCCUCUUUGUCUUCUUUGUGGAUCCAAAUCAGAGAAGAACGCGACUUUUCUGGCCCCUCCUUGGUUGGUGAACUUGUCCUUCCUCUUUCCGAUACUCUUCUUCAAACAGAUACUACGCUCGAUGAUGACUGGUUCCAGCUUAACAAAAGUUCCAGUGGAAAGGUCCGAAUUACCUAUACCUGGGAUCCGAUAACGUCUCUUGAAGAUGCAGAAUCGUUGGAAUUGGAGGCGGUUGGUGGCGAAUCUGGAUCGCUUUCUCGUACUCCUUCCGUUGGACUUGCACAUUUGACUGUUCUUGAAGCAGAUGGAUUUUCAGCGGCCAACAGCAUUGGAAGCAACUUUUACGUUAAGGCAUUCCUUGGAGGCCCCAAGGGCUCUUCUGGGGGCACAGAGCCUCUUAUUUCAACCCGAUCCAUUUCACUAAGUGACACCGGUGGAGCACCACCUCGGCUGAUUUGGCUAGAUGGUGCGUGGGCCUUUAUAAAGAACAUGGAUGGCACCUUCACAUUUGAGCUUUUUGAAUCCGGAUCAAAAGCCUUUUUAUCCGCUGCAAAGGGAAGAAGUGACGGUGGUUCAAAGAGCGGUGACCUGCUUUUGGCGUCUUGUAGCCUGAAAAUUGAAGACGUUAUGAACGAUCCAGCUGUGUAUUUAAACCAUUGGCUCACUUUGAAGACGCUGGAAUCCGCAGACUACUGUCGACUUCGUAUUGAAUUGGCCUACUGGCCCGUGCUUCGCCCAGAGUUACCGAUCAUGCCGACUCAUUCUGUUGGAAUUUUGCGGGUCAAAAUAUUGAGAACCUCCGGAUUUGUUGAUUCUGGAGAUCCGAUCAGACCAUCUACUCUUGUUAACGUAAUGAAACUCGUUGGUGGCAGUGCAGCAUCCGAAAGUGUCAUUGAGGAGCUUAUUUCUUCGGGAGCCAAAAAGCUUUCAUCAUCAUCUAAGCAGCUUGAAUGGAAAGAGUCCUUUGAAUGGAUUGUUGUUGACUCUCAAAACUCUGCGCUUUCUUUGUCUCUCAAUUGCGUGUCCAAGAAGGCCAAAAAAUACACAAGUCGACCAGAUCUUGGCAGUGUUCGCAUACCUAUUGUCGAUAUCAUUUCCAAGCAAAAUUCUGCUGCCCCCGCAAAGAAAGAUAACUCUGCAGGCGUCACAACGGAAAUCGGUGAAGUUUGGCCUUUUUCGACCUUUGAUCCCAACUUUUUCGACCCCUCAUCUUCGGUGCCUGGAAUUUGUUUGGAAAUUAACUAUAGGCCUUUGGAUAUCGACUAUUGCAAAAAUGCAAGUACCACCGAACUACUCAAUGAGCUUUUGUCCUUCGUAUCUUCAGAAGAGGUUCCCGGCUAUAUUGUGUUGAGAAUACAAUCGGCUGCCAAUCUUAAAGCCGUCGAUUCCGGGGGAACCUCCGAUCCAUUCUCGCUUAUCAAGCUCAAUGGCAUCGAGUUGGGAAAGACUUCAGUGAUAAAAAAGAGCCUAAAUCCAGAAUGGAACGAACGAUUUGUCCUUCCAGUUCGGUCAUUAAGAUAUUCCAUCCUUGGCUUUGAAGUUUUCGAUUGGAAUCGAGUUGAUUCGAUUGUUCAUCUUGGCACCAUUUCUAUGCCAUUGUUACAAAUGAUUUUUGAGAGCACGUUCAAGAAGAAUCAGCCAUCGGGAAAUGCACAGGCAAUUUAUCGUGACAUUGCUCCCGACGCUGUUUCAGAUUCAAUGCUUGCUGAUUUUACGGCAACCCUGGGCGAUACAACCUCUGGCACAAUAUUCCUUCACGUGGCGUUUGUUGAAAAUGCUGCCGAGUUUAAAGGGCUAACAGAGCAUCUUGAUUCCUCUGGUGGCCUGAUGACAUCCACCAAAGGGUUCUUCAAGGGUGUCGGAAGCGUUUUUGUGGGCGCCACUGCUACCGUUGCGUUUGCCCCUAUGGCUGGGGGAAAAUUCUUGGCUAAAAAAGGCCUUGGUCUAUUUUCGCGGCAUGGGAAGCACAGUUCAGAUGCACCGGCCACCACUAACCAAGUGGCUUUUGCUGAUAAUCCAGUGAUUUCCAAAGUCAACAUCCAACUCAAGGGACUUGUCUUUGGCAAGAACGUUUCCGAUCAAGCUAAAGAGUUCUAUGUCAAAGCACGAGGCCAAGGAUCUAUUCUCGGAAAAUCGCAGCGUCAAUCGAUCGCCUCAACCGACUCCGCGACAGAGUCACCAAUCAAGGAUAUCCCGACCACUCAUUUUGACCUUGCUAUUAGGGAAGGGCAUAACGAACCAAUCGUAUUCUACACCAAACUACUGUUAAAUGGUGAUGAUGAGGAGGAAAAUGAUGACCUUGUUAAGGCUGGGCCAAGAUUUGUUUUCUCGCCCGCUGAUAUUACUUUGGCCCCGGAAGAUAAGGAAGCCUAUGUCUGGUUGCAGGACAUCGACCACUCCGACUCAUCAGACGCAGGUGGCACAGCCUCGUCAAAGGAGCGUCGUGCUGAAGCCUCAAAAAGCGUCUAUUUCGAAACCCUUUUGCAAAAGGAGGACAUGUUUAAAAAAUUCAAGUCCAACAUCAUUACAAGCCGCAACUUGCCUGAAUCGUCAAAAUCAACGGACGCGUCCUAUCUUUCUCUAUUGAUUUCAAAAAUUAAUUAA